ACAGCUUGCCGUUCUUGUCCUGAUCAUUUCCUGCGGCUAUAGGCUGUCGCCCACUGAUAGAACUCAGCCUUGUUUGCGAACACCAUCCAACCAAAACAAAUGACGUAAACAAUUACGUCACUCACAAAAAUAAAAAUGGUCGAGUUUGUUUUUUACGGUGUUUAGUGCGGAUAUUUUCGUGCAUUUUUUAUCAAUUUGCUCGGAUUUGGAGGCAAUUUCAAUCGGGAAGCGUCCAGAGAAGGACUAAACACCAUGACGAUGCAACAGUACUGUCUGCGCUGGAACAACCAUCAGCCCAACUUCAUCUCCGUCUUCUCCAGUCUGUUGAACAGCGAAUCGCUGGUCGAUGUCACCCUGGCUGCCGAAGGAAAGCACCUGCAAGCUCACAAAGUGGUCUUGUCCGCUUGCAGCUCCUAUUUUCAGUCGCUGUUCACCAUAAAUCCGUGCCAGCACCCCAUUGUGAUACUCAAAGACGUCAAGUUUCUCGAUUUGAAAGUGAUGGUCGAUUUUAUGUACUAUGGGGAGGUCAAUGUGUCUCAAGAGCAACUGCCCUAUAUCCUGAAAACGGCGGAGAUGCUGAAAAUUAAAGGGCUGGCGGAGAUUCCGGUCGAACAAACCCUCAGCAAGACUCACAGCACCUCUAUGGAGAAAACGGAACUUCACACCGCCCAGGAGUCGAACUGGACUGAUGGUGUUCCCAUGCAAUCCUCCACUCCAUCUCCCUGCCCUCUAAGUCCAGGCUCAAGACGGAAACGGCUUAGAAAAUUAUCAUCCGGUUCUGGAUCAGGGGAACGCACCGAACAGCUGGAAACGCAAGGAAAUGAGAUGUUGCUCAGCCAGAACGUUGGUAAUAUAUUGGGAUCGGUGAUAAAAAGCGAUCCCGGCGGCUAUUCGUCUGACAGUAGUAAUCUGGGUCAUAAAACCAAACAGCACAGUGGAGAGUCAGAUCUGCAGCGGGGAAGUUCGCAUGAGAGUGGAGAAAGCGAGACUCUACACCAGAUUACCCUGCAAGUUCCCCAACAUCAGCAACAAGAGAUUGGCCAUGGCUUGGAGACGGAUCCGCCCAGUGAAAUCCCUGGAUCCUCCGCGUCCAGCCAGCAACAAUCCGCUUUAGGCCUGCAGUGGAACAUGGUGGACCAAAACUAUUACAGCUCCUGCGGAAAUCCGCCUGUCCCAGACCAGCUGGUCAAUGGUGGCGCUUCGAGUCAGAAUCAGUGUAAUCUAGCCGGGGGCAGCACGCCUCAGAGCCCGGAAGAAGGUGGAUUUGUGGCGCAGAUCUCCAACUCGCCGCCGCAAAUACUGCAGAAGCGAAAGCGCAGCCUGAACCCACAGGGCGAGGAGAAUUUCAUCAAGGCUUUGAACGCGGUGCGGUUUGGAGGCAUCGGGUUCUGCAAGGCUGCCCGAAUGUACGGCGUGAACAACCGGACCUUGUGGUUGGAGUACAAAAAGCGCGGAUACCCGAACUAUCGGUUGAGCAUCAAAAAUAGAAAGCAAGAGCAGAGCCACGUCGAGCAACAGCCGGCAGUGUCGCAGAGCGAUCAGAUCUAUGUGAAGCAGCAGGAGGCUGCCUAUGUGAGCACCAAGCCCUCCAACGAGGCCCAAACUGACCAGAUUCUAUGCACCACAUCCACUCACCCGGUCGCUUUGAUCAGUGGGACCUUUUUCGAGGGCAAGCACGUGGAUUUGGGCCCGGUUUUACACCGGCCCAAGUUUCUGGACCCUGCUCUGAUCAACACCGCACAAGGCAUCAACUUUCACAGCAUCAACUUCGAGCAGAUGUGAGAAAACGGGCCGUUUUCUAGGAAAUGACCACCCAUUACCAGUACAGAUGUAGUCGUACCAGAUUAGUCUUCCUUUGGCUGUUCUCAGUUGGAAAAUCAUCAAAGGGCCAAAUGGAAGUUCAUUGGCCAACUGCGGCCCGUCUCUGUUUGGUAUAGAUGAAAUUUUAUUUUUUAUAUAAACAAAAUUAUCUAGAUAGUGCACAAAAUCGGAGACUGAACUAGGAUAGAUUGUUCGUGAAUUGAGGCAUUUAAACUCGAGAGCAUUUUCAGUGCCAUAGAUGCUAAGGUGUAACUGGUAGGGCUAGUUUGAGCCGUUUAUAUGCAGCGUGUUUGGUCAGUCCUCGCAGAUUUACCAAACGCCCUGUAUACAAGAUGUUCCUUAAUCCCCUGCGAUUUGUGUUAGUUAUACAGGGUGUCCCGUUGGCACCUGGUCAAAAGGGUUUUGGACAACUUUGACCAUCAAUAGCAGAAAUUUUGACCCUUUGAACCUUCUGCUCGCGGGACACCUUGUAGGUUUAUACAAAUAAAAGUUAUCGCUACGAUAACAAUCGUAUAUUGACCCUCUUCCCCCCUAUUGUACCUAUACAGGGUCGUUCAAAGUGCGACUGUGAAAGCGCGAUGGAAUGGAUUGAGUUUGGCGAUCGCAUUUUGGAUUUCCCCUGCCGUUGCUUGUUUAAAUGUGAUUUUGUAAAGCAUUGAAAAGUGUGGAGGAGGAAAACGUUGUUUGCCGUCCCUCAGUUGGUUCCGUUUUGCGCUUUUCAGUGCUAUUUUGAUAUUUAUUGCAUGUUUUCUUUGUUCAUGAGGCCAAGAUUUUUUUGAAAUGUAUCGUAUUGUUAUUUUUGGUUGGCCUAAUUGGUGGCAAGGGUUCUGGAUUGUUUCCGGAGCCCAGGAGUAAUCAAUUGUUUUGGGCCUUGCAGGCUUGCAGUUUUGUAAAAUAUCAGUAGCAUUAACAUAAAACCAAUAAAACCAUUAUUUAUCUA